AUGCUCGACCUCGACAACAGUGGCUUCUUGGACUUCAACGAGUUUUUGAUAGGCGUCUGGAACUGGAACACGUACGACGCGUCUUUGAUAGCCAAGCUCGCCUACAACAUCUUCGACGUGGACCGCGAGGGGAAGAUCGACAUGGCCGAGGCCGACGCCAUGCUGCGCAUGGUCUACAACGUGCCCAAGUCGGACCCGGAAAUCCUCGAGAAGAUGGACGUGAACAAGGACGGCAACAUCUCGCUCGAGGAGCUCGAGCAGCUCAUCGAGGUGCACAACUACAUCCUCAUGCCGGCCUUCGACCUCCAGCGCAUGCUCAGGAUUCGCAUUUUGGGCGUCAAGUACUGGGAGGCCGAGAGCCAGAGAAGACGCGUCUACUUCUCGGGCUACGACGCGGGCGCGCAGGAGUCCUGGGAGUCGCUGAAGAAGAUCCUGGAGAUCAAGCACCAGGCGCGCGUCGAGGAGGAGGAGCGGAACCGGAAUCUCAAGGAGAUGGAGAUCCGGGAGCGCAUCGAGGCGCAGAAGCUGCGCGAGGUGAAGCUCAAGGAGGAGAACCAGAAGCGGCGGGAGAAGCGCGCCGAGGAGCGAAGGCGCGCCAAGGAGAGCGUCGAGGUCAAGGCGGAGAAGAAGGCCCGGGCCAUCAUGGACCAGCUGGUCGCGGAGCGCGACGACGAGGUCGUCUUCGGCGACCUCGCGAUCCGGCUGGUGAACCGGGAGAAGUUCUGGAAGGCCUACGAGGACUGGGUCAUCAAGGCGCGGCGGGCGCGCGUCACGGAGGGCGCGACGCGACACCGCCUCGCCGUCGGGCCCGACGCGGACCUGCGCUUCGAGGAGGAUUUGGAGACGAUGGAGGGCUACGGCGAGUUCUGGACGGAGGUCAAGGCCAUCUGGACCAUGGAGUACACGGACUACUUGUACGACCGGGGCGGCGUCUGGAACACGACGGUGGCGUCGCUCAUGCUGAAGCCGCCCAUCGACGAGCUCGACGACGAGUACGAGCCCACGUUUCUCGCCGGAUUGCGCAUGCGCUUCGCGGGGCGGAAGAAGAUGCGGCGCAUCAAGGCCCAGGCCAAGGAGAUCCUGAUCGCCCAGUUCCGCGAGUCCGAGGACGAGCGCGUCGCCAAGGAGAUCGCGAAGCAGGAGGAGGAGCAGGAGCUCGAGCGGCGCAACGACCAGGUCGGCGAGUUCGGGAACAAGAAGUCCAAGUGGGAGCGGCUCUGGGACGCGAACGAGGGCCUGCCGUACUGGAUGAACUGGGAGUCCCAGGAGUCGCUCUGGGAGCGGCCCGUCAUCUGCCACGUCUGCGACGCGGCGAUCCCGGACGACGACGUCAUGUGCUUCAAGUGCAAGAACGCGCGGUCCGAGUACAACCAGCGCCUCUACCUCAUGAAGCACGUCAACCGCUUCGCCAAGGCCUUUUUGCCGAAGAAGAAGCCCAAGGUCGAGUUCUCGCUCCCGGGCUCGCUCGCGGACCGCCUCGACCGCAUCCCCAAGGUGCCCAACAAGCACGUCGUCCGCCUGCGCAGGGUCUGGCUCGGCGCGCUGCGCCUCGUGGGCAUCAAGAAGCGCCCGCGGCGGCGGCCCGCGCCCAAGAAGGUCAAGGCGCUGAAGCGGCUGCCGAACGUCGUCUUCGCGAGCGGCGUGCCCUCGGAGCGCAUGGACGCCCAGGUCUGGCGGCGCACGCGGGUUUUGCUCGCGCCGUCGGUCUGGCCCGAGCCCUUCGGCUUGGUCGCCGUCGAGGCGGCGCUCCGGGGCAUCCCCGUGCUGUCGACGAACCUCGCCGGUCUCCGGGAGUCGAACGUCACGGGCCGGGUCCUCCCCUGCCCCCUGCUCAUGGACAUCCACGUCCAGAAGACCUUCGCGUGCGCCGACGGCCGCGACGUCGUCGCGGCGUUCGAGGGCCUGUCCGACGGCGAGCGGGCGGCGCUACGAAGCGGCGCGCCCGUCGCGCCCUUCGCGCCGGCGACGCCCGCGGACGUCGCGCGCGCCGCGGAGCCCUUCGUCGCGGCGCUCCGGGAAUUGACGGACGCGGACGGCGCGCUCGAAACCGCGGCGGCCCGCGCGCUGAAGACGGCGCUGGACCACGUCGAGCUCCGCCAGCACAGCCUCGCGCGCGUGCUCCGGGGCCUGGACGUGGCGCGGCCGCCCUGGGUGCGGCGCCACGUCGACGGCGUCGGCGGCCCGGACUCGCAGCCGGGCGCCGCGGUGCUCGCCGCGAACCUGGCGGCGAAUCUGGCCGUCGCCGGCUAG